AUGGAACUAUCCAAAGAACAGAUUGAAUUUCUUGAAAAAUGUGAAGAAGAAUUUAAAGAUCGUUACACAGAUAAAGAUGAAGAAUUUAUGAAAAUUAAAAUAGCGGAUGUUGCAAAACCCCCAAUCGUUGAGAAUUGGUUCAAUGGAAAUCAAAGACAAAAUAACUGGAGUCGUUCAAAUCAAGACAGACAUUGGCAUGAUCGGGAUAGAAAUAGGCAGAGAGAUAGGUAUAGAGAAAGAGAUCAUUACAGAGAUAGAGAAAGAGAGGGAAACAGCCGAUAUGCUGAUAAACAUCAUCUUUAUCAAAGAACUAAACCAUGGUAA